CUGAGCCCAGAGCCGUUUAAGCAGCAGCGGCAGCGCCCCCGCCCCUGUGUGCCCGUGUGCGCAACCAGGCCCGCUACAGCCGCCGGUCGCCCGCGCCAUGCCUCGCUAUGAACUGGCUUUGAUCCUGAAAGUCAUGCAGAGGCCUGAAACAGCUGCUACACUGAAGCGCACUGUAGAGGCUCUGAUGGAGAGAGGAGCAAUUGUGAGGAAUCUGGAAAACCUGGGAGAAAGAUCAUUGCCAUAUAAAAUCAGCAAGCACAGUAAAUGUCACACCAGAGGAGGGUACUUUUCAGUAGACUUUGAAGGCCCACCUGCAAUUGUUUCAACCAUAAUGGACCAUUUAGGACGUGAUAUCGAUAUAAUUAGACGUACUAUUUUAAAGCAUCCAGUAGAAAACACAGAAGAAUGUGGUGGUAUAGUCCCAGGCAACUAUGAAGAUGCAUUGUAUAAGAAAACAUGAAUGUGCAAAAUACCAUGUUUGAAACUUUUUAAUCUUUAUCCUGUUUUUUGGUAAAAUUGUUGUAACUUACAUCCAUGUGCAGUAAUCCAUUCUAGUCAUGUGGCAUUUACAGAACAAGAUGCAUUUGAAGUUACUGUAACGUAGCUUCCUUUUUGUUGAAAAUGGAAUAAUCUCUAUUUCACUACUCUGAAAAUCGAUUUUAUUUCCUCUUAAAAGUGUUACACCUAAUUGUUUUUUCUCUGAUCAAAAUAUAAAAAAAUCACGUCUUUCCAAAAGAAACUACUUUUGGAGUUAUAUAUUUCCAUAGUAGAUUUAAAAGUUCUAUUCUGCAAUGUAAAAAUGACCUGUUUUGUUUUGCUGUUUGAAGAAGGAAAUAAAAGUGAUUAUAAAUAAACUUGACUCAUUUUAAGACUA